GAGCGCAACAUCGUCCUACUCUCACAGGCGCGUUACCUCGCCUAUUGUUUGAUUAAAUUCCUGUAACCUAUUUACACUCCCACCCUUUUUACACGGAUACACGUUUCAAGGAAAAAAACGUUUAUGGUCCUGGCUGAAGAUUUCACGAUGUCUCGCACGGACGAGGUUCACCGCUUUACGGAAAAUGUCUAUAAGACCAUCAUGGAGCAGUUCAACCCCUGCUUACGGAACUUUGUUGCCAUGGGGAAGAACUAUGAGAAAGCCCUCGCCAAUGUGACAUUUGCUGCCAAAGGCUACUUUGAUGCUCUGGUCAGAAUGGGUGAACUGGCCAGUGAGAGUCAAGGAUCCAAAGAUUUGGGGGAUGUGCUGUUCCAGAUGGCUGAGGUCCACAGACAGAUUCAAGUGCAGCUAGAGGAGAUGUUGAAAUCCUUCCACAACGAGCUACUCUCUGAGCUGGAGAAGAAGGUGGACCUGGAUGCUCGUUAUCUGACUGCUGCCCUCAAGAAAUACCAGAUGGAACACAAGAGCAAAGGGGAGAGUCUGGAGAAGUGCCAGGCUGAACUGAAGAAACUGCGCAGGAAGAGCCAGGGCAGCAAGAACCCCUCCAAGUAUGGAGAGAAGGAGAUGCAGUUUGUGGAGACCAUCAGCAGUAAGCAGUCUGAGCUGGACACCUUCAUUGCUGAGGGAUACAAAACAGCCUUGUCUGAGGAGCGUCGCAGGUACUGCUUUCUAGUGGACCGCCAGUGUGCUGUGGCCAAGAACAGCAGCGCCUACCAUGGCAAGGGUAAAGAUCUUCUGACCCAGAAGAUCCCAGUGUGGCAACAGGCCUGUUCAGAUCCCAACAAGUUGCCAGAGAGGGCAAUGCUCCUUGCUCAGCAGAUGGGCUCUGCUGCACUUGGGGGCACAAGCCCCCUGCAUACCUCCAAAUCCAACCUGGUCAUCUCAGACCCCAUCCCCGGAGCCCAGCCUCUUCCAGUGCCUCCGGAGCUGGCUGUCUUUAUGGGUAGUGGCCUCGGACACCCGGCAAGACUGAUGGGCCCUGAUGGUAUGUCUAUGGUCAAUGGGACAACAGGAGUCCACGGGGAGGAAUACUGGACGGAUGGAGGAAGUAUGUCUGUGUCUCAAGUCAGGCCUUCGUCUCCUCAAACCCAGGCGCAGGGUCCGUCCCAGGCUCAGCCUCAGAGACAGGUCAGCGAUGUCUACUCCAACACUCUCCCAGUCCGCAGGCCUGCCCCAGCCAAGAAUAAGAACCCCGUGGGAGAAACACGGACCCUACCCAGGUCCAGCUCCAUGGCAGCAGGCCUGGAAAAGAAUGGGCGCUCUCGUGUCCAAGCCAUCUUUUCCCACGCUGCAGGUGACAACGGCACCCUGCUCAGCUUCUCCGAGGGAGAUGUCAUCACCCUGCUAGUGCCUGAAGCCCGUGACGGCUGGCACUAUGGGGAGAAUGAGAAGAACAAAAUGCGUGGCUGGUUCCCAUUCUCCUAUACACGUGUGCUGCCUGAGAGCGACAAUGAGAAGCUCAGAGUGAACCUGCAUCAUGGGAAAAGUAGCAGCACAGGGAACUUGUUGGAGAGUGAUGCAUCACUGCCCACACCUGACUACGGCCUGACCGCCCGACUGCUGGCACAGAGCCUAGCACAGUCCCGCCCACGCCCCUACAGCAUGGCAGGCUUUGGCACACAGCCUGCUAUUGAGGAUUAUGAUGGUCGUUUUGCCACAAGUAGCGGUUGGUGGGUGGAGGAUUGCGUUGAGCGCGAGAGCCAGAGCGGGGCCUUCCUGCUCGGCAUGCAGCGAUAUGGACUCUGAAUACUCUAUCUCUGAUCACAGUCCACCAUCAUGGACUGAUCUCUCAAGAGACUGCCUUUGCUACUGCUUGUCUUUCAUGCAUGUACAUGGUUGUGUCAUUUUGUCAAACUAAAGGACAUGUUCAUGUACUGUACAAGUGCCAAAAGACUUCAGUGUCGUUGUACUAAAGCCACCGGCUGAAUGGCCUUUUUAAGCACACGUGGGCCCAGUAUUAUCGAGCUCCCACCCAACACACACUCGCUCAAAGCUUUGUUCAAAGUAAGGCUGUGCAGCAGAUUACAAUGUUCCUGUUCUGAGAGAUCCCAUAGGUCGCGCUGUGCUUCCUUUGUGUCAGUGCUAGACUUAAUUUUCUGUCCAGAGGGUGUGUGUCAUAUGCCUUACUUUGCUUCUUUUUUUUCCUUUUUUUUCUUAAACACAUAUUUUGUGCAACUGAAGCAAAUUACAAAUUGAGCUUCAAAAAUAUACAGUAUAUAUAUAUAUCUAUACAUAUAUAUAAAAUUGUUUUCCAUCAGUCCACCAAAUUGCACUGUAAUGUGAUCAUCGCAAAACAUGUUUCAUAUAAAUUUUCAAUUCAACCUGAAACCCUCAGCCGCACAGAAUCCUCCUUUUUGCCAUUCUUGGCUGGACUUACUGCCAGAAUUGUCAGUUAAAAUAAAAGUGUCUCACUCCAGCAACCUUAAAUUUGGUAUUUUUUUCUGAUGCUAUAUUGAGUUUGGAGGGGUCCUUGAUCUUUUCUAUCCUCAAUAUCAGCUGUGAAUUAGUUUGAGUUUAAAUGACAACCACGGCUUUUGCAGCUCUCAGUGUUAUUUAUGAUUGUAUUCCCUGAGUGGCUAUGUAGUUUUUGGUCUUUUCUUUUAAAACAAUUUAUUGUCCUUGUAAAAAAUAAAAAAUAAAUAAAUAAAUACCAGAAACAAUGAGAAACUACUAAUUAGUUGAAGUGUUUAUCUUAUGCAUGCUGUGGAGGGAUACCAGAAAAUGUGAUACUGAAAAUUGACCUUGAAUGUAUGGUGACUUUUUACAAAGGUAUUCUAAAUAAAACAUAUCUCUAUAUAUUAAUAAACAGUCUGGUCUGACGAGAAAUCUGUUCUGUCACUGACAAUGACAUUUUCACUUUUUCUUAAAUGUUUAAAUUAAUUCCUUUUUUUCCCCCCCAAAACUGCCACCCUAGUGUGAAUCAUUUCAAGCCGCAGUGGUGACUUAAGCAUGCAGUUUCAUCCUUACCCCUUUCCCUGACACCCAUAGCAUCUGUGCUGCUCUCUGUGUCACUGUAAAAAAUGACUGUGGUGGUGUUGUGUACAGUAUUAGUAGUAUGAGUAUCUGAACUUUGCCUGCCUGCUUAAUUUCGCUUUUGGUUGUGUACAAGCAUACUUUUGGCCUGUGUUUGCGUGGUAUUCGAGUGAUGAUGCACACAUUUUAAGCAGAUGCAACUUCAGAAAUACCUGCCUGUUGAUACUUUUACAGUAUUACUAGUGUAUGAAGACAAGCUGCAGAUGUGUUUCUUCACAGUUUUGGAUUUGAAAAGGCGCAUACUAUACAGCAUGUUGUGCAUGAAGUGUAUAUUUCUGUUUUCCAUCCCUCAUUUCAGUUAGUUAUUAUUAUCAACCUACAGUAUGUUCAUCUUGCACCAGACUAACCAGCAGUGUCGUUACAAAAUGUGACCCAUGCAUGAUCUGAGAGAUGAGCCAUUCAAACCCAAGGGUUCUCU